GAAGCCUGGUGCUGGAUUUCAGCAGCAAGCAGGAAGGAUGAUGCCCCAAAGCAAAGAUGUGUGAGAUCCUGCAUCAGUCCCGAGGCACAAACAAAGCACUUUAGGGAAUUGCUGCACUUUAUCAAACCUCUUCAUCCUUUACCAAACCUUUUCGUGUCCUUGUAAAAACACGCAGGAGUUUUACAAGCACGCCUCGUGCAGGAGUUCUAGGGAUGAAAGUCUAAUUUCUGGGAGCUGGAAUCACAAGCGAUGCAGGGACAGAGGUGACACCUGACGGCUCCAAACUUCCCAUCCCUCCCUCCUGCUCCAACACCGAGCCCCGCAAAUCUCUGCUUAUUCACCCCUCAGCUCCUGCAGCCGAACAGGAACGGCUGCAGGCGGGGAAAGGGGGGCUCUGACAGCGAGGCCGUGCCAGGAUUCCUACUCCGGGAGCUGGGAAGAGGUGAAAAAUGAAAACAGAAUAACCCUGCUUUUAGCGGGGUUUGAUUUCCCCGCCUGGAAGGUAACCUGGCUGCGGGCAGCAGUGGCAGCCCCGUAACCGCGGGUGCCGCAGGAAUCCGCUCGCGUUCCCUGGAAUUUGGGCAGUUUUUGUUGCACCCCUCCGGGCUCGGUUCCAAGCCCGUCUCUCAGCGCGGGGCCCGCCCCCUCCAGAGGAUAUUUAAGGAGAAGCUGAUGUGCAACUUGCUCCAAAAGGACGGGAAACUCCGAACGAGCGGGAGUCGGUCGGCAGCCUGGAUCCCUUCCCAGUGCUCGGCAUGUCUGGAAACUUGGGGACAGUGACCCGGACCGUGUUCCUGCUGCUCCUCGCCCCUGGCUGGGGAGAAGCACAGGCCUGCACAUUCCCAUGCCAGUGUCCGUCCCAGCCUCUGCAGUGCCCUGCUGGCACCAGCCACGUGCUGGAUGCCUGUGGCUGCUGCAAGGUGUGUGCCAGGCAGCUGGGAGAGCUCUGCUCCCUGCACAGACCCUGCGACCACCACAAGGGACUCUACUGCGACUUCUCCAAGAUCCACAGAGGCAGCGGGAUCUGUUUAGCUCACGAGGGCGCAACGUGUGACCUGCUGGGCAAGAUCUACCUGAACGGGGAGACCUUCCAGCCCACGUGCAAACUGCAGUGCAUCUGCCUGGACGGGGCCGUGGGCUGCAUCCCGCUCUGCUCCGACGACCUGCGCCUGCCGUCCCCCGACUGCCCCCGCCCCCGCAGGGUCCGGGUCCACAACAAGUGCUGCGAGGAGUGGGUGUGUGAGGAGGAGAGUGACAAUGACCUCGGGACGGCCAUGGCGGUGUUCAGGGAGGAGCCAGCCCAGAAGCCCGAGCUGAACAACCUGCAGGAGAACUGCCUGGUGCAGACCACGGCGUGGAGCGCGUGCUCCCGGAGCUGCGGGAUGGGCAUCUCCGCCCGCGUCACCAACGACAACCCCCGGUGCCGCCUGGAGAAGGAGACCCGGCUCUGCAUGGUCCGGCCCUGCGACUUCCCCGUGGAGAAAACCAAGAAAGGGAAGAAGUGUGUGAGGACCCCAAGGCCACGCCAGAGCCUCCACUUCGAGUUCUCGGGGUGCACCAGCACCCGCUCGUACCGGCCGCGGUUCUGCGGGAGCUGCUGGGACGGGCGGUGCUGCACCCCCGANCUGACCAGCACGGCCGACGUGGAGUUCCGCUGCCCCGAGGGAGACUCCUUCCACAGGAAGAUGAUGUUCAUCAAGGUGUGCUCCUGCCACUACGACUGCCCCCGGGACAACGACAUCUUCCUGGCUACCUACCACAGGAGGAUGAUCGGGGACCACGUCAGGAGCGAGCGGCAAUAGCC